AUGCCUCCCACAAAAUCCCUCCUCGCCGUCCUAGCCCUAAUACCCCUCGCAACUUCCCAAUCCUCCUCCUCCUCCGAACCCGUCCGCGAAAUAACCAGCAACGCCCAAGGUCCCUACUACAUCCCCAACGACCCCUGGACCUCUUCCUUCUCCUCCCCCUCCUACUCCUCCCUCUACCCCUUCGACGCCCCCGACGUAUCCCAGCCCUACCCGGCCCCCGUCAUCGCCGGCUGGUCCGUCUCCGUCGCCGUCCAGGACAACAUCCCCCUAACCUCCGCAACCCCGAACCAGCUCAACGCGACCGAGCGCGCGAAAUUCAUCGCCGGCGUCCGCGUCGCCCUCAACCCGCCCCCCAGCCUCCGAGUCGGCGGCGGCGACGGGGCGUGGAAGCUGGACGCGAGCUGGCGGGUGUGCUACUCGCAGCCCUCGCUCCUCGUCAACGGGACCAUCAUGCGGCGGCUGGCCUCGGACGACGGGAGCUGCGGGGGUUUGUGGAGCGCCAGCUGUCUCCGCGGCAUCGAGGCCUCGAUGCUGAGUGCCUGGACGACGAAGCAGGACUUUGAUCUCGAGGACGGGUGCCCGUUUAGCAUCCCGAGUAUCUGCGGCGCUCCGGACAGCUCGGGCUUCACCACCAACUCCAUCACCGCGGGCGAGGCUUUCGCGUGGGGGCUGGGGGACUCGGGGGUCGGGAGCGCGAGGGGCGUUCAGGUCAUGGGAUGGGGGACGGAGCCGGGUGCGGAGGGGGAUCGGGAGAAGUUGGAGCUGGCGAGGGGGUUUGUGAAUCCCCUGAUCAUCGCCUUUGGGCCUGGGGAUAGGAGUAGGGCGGAGAAGAGCGAGGUCAAGGUCCAGAUCAUCUGUCCCCGAGCUAAGGAGGAGGGAGAAGUUGGGCCAGGGCAGAGUGAGGGUACGGGCUUGAGGAUAGACAUGGCUCUUGUUCUGGGAUUGGCCCUUGGCCUUGCGUCCUAUCUCGUUUAG